CAGCAGUUAUAUUUUUCUAAAGAGAUAGAAAACUCUUUUUUUUCCUUUGCGUUAAAACUUACAGAGUGGGAAUGGACAGACUUCCUCGUGAAACGUUCUUGAUCGUAACAUCCUACGUGGACUUUGAAACGAGGUUUCAAUUAGCCUGCGCAUGUAAACUCUGGUACAACAUCAUUAGCUCUCACAAUCUGUAUGAAACCGUCUACAUGGAUCGCGAUCUUCAACCCGUCAUGGAUUUCUUUAAAAAGAACCCACCCUUUCGAUCCACAGUGAAAUCCUUGCAAGUUAAUGCCACGGGACUAAACUUUCGUUUACUCAAACAAUGGCCCGCCCUUUUCCCGAACGUUGUUAACUUCUCUCUUGCCAGUGCCGAAAUUGACAUGUUUGGCUCCGACUAUGAGGACGAACAGGACGAGGAAGACUAUACAGAGGAAGAGGAGUCCUUUGAACUAGGCAUCUGUUUCGAUAUACAAGACGAGAUCUUCAAGACAUGGGAACGAUUAGGUAGUCUCAGUGAAUUCACAAAGUUUGUCUAUACCGGCACCAUGCUUCAUUCCGGAUCCUAUCCAGAUUUAACCCUCCUUGACAUCAAUUUCAGCAUUGUCCCAGACCACAUGGUAGAUACUGUCAUGGAUCAUUUAUUAAUGGGAAUUCAGCAUGCACCCAAUUUACAAUGCUUUAAAGUGAUUGCAGCCAAACUCACGUUAAUGAAACUAAAUGUGUUACAUGCCCAUGCACCCCAUCUUCAAGCUUUGAUUUUAGAGGAUAUGACAUUAGGAGAAGAUACGAUGGAAAUUAGUGGACCACCUUCCUCUCAGCCUGCUCCAACUGUCACACGUCUGGAAAUGCAAGGCAACCGUUUCUCGUUUUAUGAAAACGAUGAUCUAUGUAUCACAGAUUGGCUCGAUUAUGUAGCGACAAAAUACCCUGCUAUGGAAAUUCUAAAGAUGAAUCAAUUCACACCGGCAAGUGAGACCUAUGAUAGUUGCAUUAUUCAUUUAGUAGAGCACUGCCCUCGGUUAAUAACAUUGAAUGUGGAUGUGUGUUAUUUAUCCACCAAUGUAUUGCGAGCCUUGGACGACACUCAAAUUCGACUUGAAAAAUACAGUUCUCAAUCCCAGGACAUGACUCAGUUACGAAAUCUUUCGCUUUCAACAAAGCAACGGCAUUCAGUGUAUCGAUUGGAUUUAGUUGUGCCCAUCGGUGCAACUGAUUUUGUGGAAUGUCUUUCUCGAUUCACAGGAUUGACCACGAUUAAUACCUAUCCUUCCUCCGAUAUUGAUUACAUGGUUGGGAAACCUUUACAUGUCCCUAUCAAUACUUUUCUGAAGCAACACCCGCGCUUGGAAUUUUUGACGUUGAGUUCAUGUGUACUUUACAUGGGCCCAGCAGAAGAAGAAAACGAAAACCGAUCCGUUUUGGAUACAUUGGAGUUAGAAAAAGUGACACUUAAAGAUAUAUCUGUGCUUCAAUUCAUUCCAAAAGCAUGUCCUUCAUUACAAGUCAUGGUUUUGAAGGCUCGGUUCUUAGAUGAACAACCAGAUAAGACGGUAUUGAAUUUUUCAGAUCAUGAUUUGGUGUAUAUGGAUAUUUAUAUUCAAAACCAUGCGUAUGUUUGUGUGGUGGAAGGUGGAGUAGGACAAUGGUACAAGUAUGAAAAACAGGACAGGAAAAUAAAAUAUGUAGUAACGACAGAUGAAGUAAAAAAAGGUCACAUCUUGGAGAUUCGAAUGCACUCCAUUGGCCGCAUUUCUUUGGGUGUACCUCGCGAUCCGUUUCUCAUUGUUUGAUAAGGUUAGCACAUACAAAUAAAAUAUAUGAAAUUGUUUACCAAA